AUGGCGUGGCCACCGUGCGCACUGGCCGUCCUCUUCCUCGUCGUCCUGGCCGGUCGAAUCUCGUCGGCGGCAGGGGCGAAGCGGCACGCGAUCCCGGACGACCUCCGCGACGUGGUGGACGACGAGGAGGACGAGGAGUGGCGGCACUGGGGCGCCCCCGCGAAACUCCCUGACCGGCCUGAUCCGCCGCCGGACCUGUCGCGGAUGGAUCCCGCCGCGCUCCGGGCCGAGCUCCUCCGCGGCGGCCAGGCCGGGCCCUCGCUCGGCUUCGUCAAGCUCCGCCUCGGCGUCCGAAGGUCGCAGGAGGACGUGAUGGGGAUCGCCACGCGGUGGACCAGAGUGCUGCGGACCGGAUCGGUGGCGGCGAAAUUCGUGGCCGUCGAUUUCGGGACGCUCAUGUUCACCAUGGAAAGAGGCCGAGACUUACGCGAGUUGAAAGAAUUCAUCCUGGGGCAACCAGAGGCCUACGAGUUCAAGAUCGGGGACCAAGUUUUCCGGCGACCUGGAGACCCGCCAUUGGAGCAGGUCAUCGAGACGCUACGGAAGGAGAAGAUGAAUAAGUCUGAAGACGAACUCUAGGUUCAGCUAUUAGCUCCUGGAGUCCUGGGUGCAGUUCCUGUGACACGCAAAUUCCUUUGUUGUGCUUUCGUAGAUUCUGUAGAUCCUAAUGAUCUUUUGCAGUUCCGUGCGGGUAGCAGCUACCGACCAAUAAGUGCAGGAUAGAUGCUGCUGCUAAUUCUUUUUUAGAA